AUGGAUGUCCAAAAUGCUUUCUUACACGGUGAUUUGGAGGAAGAAGUUUACAUAAAGAUGCCGCCUGGAUUUGCUUCUCAAUCACCAGGGAAGCAAUCAUAUUCAGAUUACUCUUUGUUCACUUUUCGAGCUAGGACUAUUCAAUUGAAUGUGCUUAUUUAUAUGGAUGAUCUUAUUGUCUCCAGCAAUGAUGUUUCCGCUGUACAAAAAUUCAAGAACUAUUUGAUUCGUUGCUUUCAUAUGAAAGACUUGGGGAAGAUGAAAUUUUUCUUAGGGAUUGAAGUAGCCAGAAACUCGAAUGGUAUUUUCUUGUGUCAACGUAAGUAUGCAUUGGAUGUGAUUUCAGAAGUUGGAUUACUGGGUUGCAAGCCAGCUAAAACUCCUCUUGAACAAAAUCACAAGCUGGCCCUUACCGAGAGUGAUGAUGUAGAUGACUCUGCUCAGUAUAGGCGUCUAGUGGGACAACUUAUUUAUCUAACAAUAACUCGGCCCGAGUUGUCUUAUUGUGUGCAUAUUCUUGCUCAGUUUAUGCAACAACUGAAGAAAGAUCAUUGGGAGACAGCUGUUAGAGUUGUGCAUUAUUUGAAAGGAAAUCCAGGUCAGGGUAUGCUACUGCAUGCCAAUUGUGAUCUCAAAUUGUCUACUUACUGUGAUUCUGAUUGGGCUAGCUGUCCUUUGACGAGAAGAUCUUUGACUUGUUAUUUUGUUCUUUUGGGUGACUCCCCUAUCUCGUGGAAGACUAAAAAGCAACAGACAGUGUCUCGCUCAUCCGCUAAACUGAAUAUCGCUCUAUGA